AUGAAUGUCUAUGGCAGGAAGGAGGAGAUCCACUACGCAAAGUUGAACCCCGACCCUGAAAAUCUCCCGCCGAUAGACCCAAAGGACGAGUUCAUGCUCGAGGGCUUUACCAUGCAAGCAGGUCCAACAAGGCCGGGUGGGCAUACAAGCUCACAGCCCCUGCAAGUCUCAUGGCUUCGACGGACGGAAUAUGUGACGGCGAAAGACAGUUCACCCAGAAUGACGAUGCUUUCAAAACGGGGAGCAGAGGAAGCUAACGUUGACAUCUCACGCGAGGCGCAGAUUCGGGACGUCGAAGCAACCUUCCCGCCGUCAUAUCAUGGAAUCGACAUUACAGAGAUAAGGCACCCUGCUCGACCAGCAAGGCGAGCAGUCGAAGUGUUCGAAGUCCUGCCAGAUCCCGAGACAUUCGCCACAGCGACUGACAUCUUCCGCUUCCCUGAACGGCCUGGGGAGCGACCACUGGUUCAAGAGGAUCCUCGUCUAGACUGCGCUGUGAUUCGACCGGUGGUACUCGAUGAUGGCGAGACGUUUAUUGCAUAUUAUCUACCUCGAGACGAUGCAAGCGCGGCAGAACUCAAACAACGAAGAGACUUUGCAUUGGAGAUGAACUUGUCAGCAGAUGACAAGCCUGUGGCCUUUGAUCUCGUCCGUAAUUAUGAAAGCAAGGUGCUGCCGGGAGAAGGAACCGAACUAGUGCUCUUUUUUGACAAUGGAGACUUGCCAGCGCACGUCGACGCCGUAGGAACUACAAGGGAACCAGAGUCAAGGCAAAAGGGCGUGUAUUAUAAAUUGGUGGACACGCGACGAGCGCUCAAGCGGAAACGAGUCGACCCGAACGAACCGACGGAUUACUCAACAAAGACGGAUGUCAUUAACCUAUCGUAUCGUGCGAUGGACGAAGGGGAGCUAAAGGAACGAGAGGCUGAGUUAGAGGAACUCAUCAAUCCGUUCUAUGAACCUCAGGAGGAAUUAGACCAAGAUGAUGCAGAAAAGGUUGAAAGCGUGCGAGAUCCAGCCAUCGACGUCUUUGGCGCGGACGAUAUGGACUUUUAG